AUGUCAGCUCACGUCGAUUUCGGACCAUUCUGUUCGUCAAUCUGUGAUCCCCUCGUCCCAAUCUCCACUACCACCCCUGUCUUUACCACUGCCACCACUAUCGUUACCACCCCGACAGCCACCGCCAAAGCUGGCACUGCCACACGUGACCUUGAAUAUGCUGUCAGACCGUCUUCCAAGCAAAUGGCUCCUUCGUCAGAACCGGAACCUACAUACAAGUCUACAAAGUCACUUGCGGGCGAAACUAUACGGCAACGACCCUCUUUUCAAACUCCGACAGCUUUGUUUUUACCUCCGAUGGUAGAAUCGCUGCCUACAUCCACACCACCUCCGCCUAAAGAAAAAAGGUGUUUUUUUCCCAUUUUCACAUGCUUACCAGUUCGUUUAUAUUUUGGAAUUUAA